UACUCCAUUCGCUUCACUUGGACAUUCCGAUUACAACGGGAACAAUAAGCAGAGUGCUAAGGAGGGUCAUAGGGGAACGUUUGAAAGUAAUAUCGACCAUAUGCAAAAUACCACGACGAAUGUUAGUCAUCACACAGCUCCGAGGAAGUACAUGUCAAGUAAAUGUGCUUGAUUUAAAGCGAAUUAAGAUACCUGUCGCACUUCUACCCCUUGCUAUAUAACCUAGUGCAGUACUACAGUGUUGUCACAAAGACCCAACAGGACCAAGGUGUAGGUGCUGUAGAGCGGCAGAGCGCGCGGACUGGAGCAGAGAGGGAACUGAGCGGAGGUUUCAACCAAGGAAGGAACAUUUCAUUUUUGCGUACGCUUAAGACACUUAUAUGGAGAGGAGACGAUACCAAUUUCCGCAGGUGUAAACAUCGAGCUCUCAAAAGUCAUAGAGAGUGGUUGAAAAACAUUUAAACUCAGUUUACAAGUGCUUUAAUAGCCUAUUUAUACUUUUAAAAAUAGAAACAAACGAAGAAAGAAUAGUUUUAGGGCGGAAGAGUUGCGCGCAACAGAUAGCUGCAUCAUGAAAUUACUUCUACCGCUUGUGAUAGCUUUUAUUGCUAUUGCCCAAUUUUUUUGUGAAGAAAUUGGUCCAAAAGAAGAUCUUGAUUAUUGGACAAACGAUCAAAUUACGGACGAGUGGCUGUCGUCUGACCCGUUCAGAGAGAUACUGCGGAGGAUGACGCGGAAACCGCGGCCUCAUCAGUUCUUUGGCCUGAUGGGGAAACGCUCCUCCGCGAAUGCACAGAUAACCCGAAAAAGGCAUAAAAUUAACUCCUUUGUUGGAUUGAUGGGCAAGAGGAGCCAAGACGAACCAGAUUCAUUUGAGUGGAACAAACAACAGAACUACAACAAGCGCCGCUAACCAGUGAAUCUGUAUUCAGUCCUCUGCUAUUGGUCCGCUUCUCAACAAGUCAUUCCUACAGAAGAUUGGAAGGGGUGUCUGAUGCGUAGUUUUGUUUCCUCCAAAAUAUGUGUCUUCAAAUUUAUUGUAAAUUACCGUAAUAAAAUAUCUGUUUUCACAUCGUGGUGAUGUAGCUGUACUGUACCUGGCUGUGCCAAUGUGGCUUGUUCAGGAAGAAUGCAGGAGUGUGAUCUGAAUAGGGUUACAAAAUUCUGUUCGUUUUCCCAAUCAUUCCCAUGUUUUCCAGAAAUUCCAGUUGGAAGAUUGGAAUUUGAAGGGAAAUCAUAAGACGGACAUUUCCAGAAUAUUCCAACUAGGAUUUUUGGGAAAACCUGGUAAAUUUGUGGAAGAUAGUGGACUGUUGUCACCCUCGGUGUGAACUGAUACUCCUACCGUACCUUACAGAAACAUUAUGUUAUUUAAUGUAAGUCAAAGUAUUAGUACCAUCACCAUAUCAUCAGUUCCAGAGAAUACUGUUGUCGUGGACCAUCAAAGCAAAGCUCUACCCCAGGGUAUGUAGAAAAUUGCACUGCCAAUCCCACUGUCUAGUGCCUCAACUGUUUUAAUCACAACUGAUUGUGCUGUAAAUAAACUAAAUACUCUGGUACACUACAGACAUGCUGCUCCAUCAGGAAAUGCUCUCAUUUAAAUGGACUGUAAAUCAAACUGUCAUGUUUAUGAAACCAAGAUGUAUGGUAUGACAGAAUACUUGUAUGUAAUUGUGGCUUGAUAUAUUAAAACUAUUUUCUUUAUUGGU